AUGCAUUUCCCUGCACCUCGCGGUCUCGGUAAAUAUUUGACGGCCCUCCUCCUGUUUGGCGGCUUCGGCUCGCUGCUCGUCUCGAAACCACUGUAUAGACAUUUUCGUCGGGAACGCGUGCCGGAGGCGGACCUUCAUGCUCAAUUCCCUUUAGAGGCGACGAUUGACUCUCCACCCUUCUGCUUGCCUGAACCUCCCAGUGCGCCAGAGCUGGAUCCAUGGGACGCGUCACACGUCGUCGUUGGUCCGCCAACGAAACAUUUUAGAGGUACGCGUCCUGACUGCGCGUCAUUGGUGGAAAUUAAGGCCUGCACAGAUAAUUUAUUGAAGGACAAGAGAUAUAUUACGACUUGGUCUAAUGCAGGGUUUACAAAUCAAUUUAUGGGUUAUGUUAACAUGAUUUACCUCGGGAUGAUCUCGGAUCGAAUACCCAUAAUCUCUCCCUUCGUACCCGAUCAUCACAUAUCACGCGACGCCGGAAUACUCACAUUCGGUGAGGUAUUCAAUCUAACGCACUUGCGCAGUGCACUUCGUACACCCCUGCUUGAGUGGGCGGAUGUUAAAGACGUCGCACCUUCUUCGUCUAAAGACCCCUAUUCCAACGAGAACGUCGAGGAGCUGGGAUGCUGGUCGACUCGAGCCAUAAAUGACGCGGAGCCCAUUCGAGCUGAAAACGUCGUUCACCAUCUUGGCGUGGAUGUCUCAUACACUCGAGUUCCAUUGUUUACGCGCCAGUAUCCUUCCUCUACGUACGAUGCGCAUACUACUUUUGACAAGCUGUCCGCACUCAUCUAUCCGAACAACCCUAUCGCCCCUCUAGACAGCUACCCAAAUAUGGUGCCUUCUCGUCUUGGGUCGGAUGCACCGCCCGAGGACCAGUUGUCUUGUUUUGACCUCCUAUACUAUCUGACGUCGGGGGCUGAUGAGUACGAGUGGCGGUUUGCGUGGUCCCCCGCUUGGCGAUUUGUCGGUCGGUAUGUUGUCUUUAACGAGCCAUUGGUGAAGCUGGGAAAGGAGUAUCUGCGACUGGCGAUUCACAACGGAGAAGAUGCGGGCAACGAAGAAGAAAUACCCCCAUUUAUUGCUGUUCACAUGCGUCGCGGGGAUUUUGGCCGCGAAUGUCCUGAUAGGCCUGAGGACUGCUUGGUGCCCCUUGAUAGGUUUGUAGGAGCAGUGGAAGAUGUUCAAAGGGAGCUGCAGGAAAAGCACGGUGUUCAUGUUCCUCUGGUCUACGCCACGUCUGACGAAACAGAUUCCGAGUUCUGGGCUAAAGUUUCCGGGCUGGGGUGGAGGUAUGUCAAUCAUACAGCGGCUCAAACGGUGGAACGGCUUGGGGAGUGGCACGGUCCGCUAGUGGACAUUGUUGCGCAAAGCCUAGCGAUAGGAUUUGUGGGAACUCUGGACUCUACGUUUAGCCUAGUUAGUGCGAAGCGAGUGGUGGAUUGGAAUGAUGGGGUGUCGAGAAUGGUUUGA